AUGUUGGACACAACGCCUCACUUCAAAAUUGGUGCAUUCAGAUUCUGUUUUGUAGUAACCGGCAUCGCCUACCAGUGCCGCAUGAAGACCUUUAAAGACACCCCGACCACAACACUUAGAUUUUUACCUACUUAUCGCCUUGCGACGUUCCAGUCAUACAGAGGAAGAUGGGAGCUCCUAAGAAUCCAUGCCCAGCUCGUGGCUACCGUUUAUACCACCAUGCCGUUUGAUUCGGUUAAGACACGACUGCAGGCUUUUGAUGGAAACCGGCGGUUAUCGAAGCUCGCUGGAUUGCUUCCGUUCGCAUGA